UUGGAUCUGGCAACAGUGAGUCCCUGUGAGAGACCCUCCACGGCUCCUCCAAGACCCUCCACGUGCCGCUCCUCUAAGACCCUCCACGGCUCUUCCAAGACCUUCCACAGCUCCUCUAAGACCCUCCACAGCUCCUCCAAGACCUUCCACGGCUCCUCUAAGACCUUCCACAGCUCCUCUAAGACCCUCCACAGCUCCUCUAAGACCUUCCACAGCUCCUCCAAGACCCUCCACGUGCGACUCUCACCAUAUAGACCGAGGAAAGUGAAAUUGGGAGACGAUGGUUUUCUUCGUGUGUUCAUCUUGUGGGUCGAGCCUGAAGAAAAACCAAGUGGAGAAGCACUGGCUCACCAAGUGUCGGCAUAAUAAACAUGUCUCGUGUAUGGACUGCAGCAAGGACUUCCGGGGACAGGAGUAUGCUGAUCAUGUGAAGUGUGUAACUGAGGAUCAGAAAUAUGGUGGGAGUCAGUAUGUGGCCAAAGAAAUGAAAGGUGAAAAAAAACAGGAGGCAUGGAUAGCCAAAAUAAAGGAACAAGUUGCCAACACGCACAACAUGGAGCCACAGCUGAAGGAACUCCUUGAUCGCAUCACUACCUUCUCAAACAUCCCUCGCAAAAAGGAAAAGUUUGUGAGAUUUCUGAACAAUAGUGCUCGGGUCCGUCACAGUCAUAUUGUAGAUAAGGCUUGGGAGGUCUUUGAGGCUGCUAGCAAAAAUAACAAGAGCAACACCCCGAGUCAGAAUGGUGAGGCACAGCCAGCCGAUGACCCUGCAGUGGCAACACUAAAUGGCAGUGAUUGUCCUGAUGUUACAGCACAAGAUAAUAAAUCAAGCAUGAGCAAGAAGGAAAAAAAGAUGGAACGGCAGAAAAAGCAAGGAAAAAAGGAAAAGAAGGAUAGAACUUCAGAGAGCACUGAAGUAGUUGAAAAACCAUCAAAGAGAAAACUUGAGGACAAAAGUAUUAAUGAAGCAGGGGAGUCCAAGAAGAGAAAAAAACACCCUGAACAAGCAGAGGCAACAUCUGAAGAUUGCCAAGAGAAACAGAAAAAGAAAAAGAGAAAACAUUGUGAUGAAGAUGAAGAUCUCUCACUGAAUGAGAAUCACUCUCAAAAUCAUAAUGGUGAUGCUAACACAGUGAACGGUAGUGUGGGAGAGACGCCUGGGUUCAAGUGGAAGGUUGCAAUUUCACAGGUGCUCCAAGAUGCUCCCGAAAAGGGAAUGAAAAUGACAAAACUUCAAAGAAAAAUACUAUCUCUGUAUUUUACUGCUAAUAGUGGGUCUUCUCACGUGAAAUCGGAGAAUGAAGUAGCCGCUAUGCUGAAAAAUAAAUUGAAAAAAAGAAAUGACAAGUACAUUGUAUGCAAGGAUCGAGUUAAGCUGAGGACUCCUUGAUGUUAACUAGGGCAUUAAUUGGUUUAUCUUGAAUGUGGGUUUUAGUUAACUGUACUAUGAUUAUUUUGGACUUUUUCAGCAAAUACAAGACUGGUGUAAAAAUAGAUAAAUGUUAUGAAAGCCCAAGGAAUAAGGAAGAAUAAUGCUCUGUUGAUCUAUUCAACAUAAAAAAUGAUAACAUUUAUUUAGAGAAAAAUCAUGUAAUUGUGAUUCCUUUAGUUUUUAAAUUAUGAUUAUUUAUAUCCAUAAUAACAGGAGAUAGCAAUUUUAAAACAUAUACAUGGUUCUCGGUUCACGAGUUGUAUAUGGAAAGUAGCAAAUUACCUAGAUCGGUCGUUGUGUGCACCGCGUGACCACACAUUCCAGCAUUGGGCUCGGAGCUUGUAUCACUCCACCACAGUAAUAAUAAUAAUAAUAAUAGUAAUAGUAAGCCAGGUUCAGUAUUAUGGAGGAGUAUAGGAAGAAUAACAAAUGUUGAAACGGCUACACAGUAGAGUAUAGUUGUAUAUAUCAAAAAUAUUUUUCUAUUGACUUAGUGUACUGUUCUGUAUAUAAGUUUAAAUGUAUUUUUGAGUACAGGUUAACUUUGCCAUAUAUAGUAUGCCAUCUCUAUUGACAUGAUGGAGUAUCCUUUAAUAGACAAUAGCUUUGCUUUUUUUACAUUUGACACCAUAGUCUUUUGCUGUGAAAUAAUAUUGUGUGGUAUAAAUGUAGUUUCAUAUUUUUGAUGACCUUUUUUUGAUUCAUUAUUUAUAAAAGUGAGUUGAAUGCAA